ACAACCCCCCACCACCAGUGCUUCCCAGCCCCCUCCAGAAACAUCAUCUCCUACGGGGCCAUCAAUGCUCCCCAGCCCCCUCCAGAAACGUCAUGCCCUACAGGGCUACCACUGACACGCAGACCACUCCAGAAACUUCAUGCCCUACAGGGCUACCAAGACACGCAGCCCCAUCCAGAAACUUUGUGCCCUACAGGGCUACCAAGACACUCAGCCCCAUCCAGAAACUUCAUGCCCUACAGGGCUUCCAAGACACGCAGACCCCUCCAGAAACUUCAUGCCCUACAGGGCUACCAAGACACGCAGCCCCAUCCAGAAACUUCAUGCCCCUACAGGGCUUCCAAGACACGCAGACCCCAUCCAGAAACUUCAUGCCCUACAGGGCUACCAAGAUACGCAGAUAAGUAG